AUCAAGGCACAUGAUGGCUUGAACUAUGCUAUCUAUACCCGCCGAGUCGCAGUGGGAGGAGGACUGCGCCCAGAGGCGAUGGAUCCCACGAGCAAAGAAGCAUGCAAUAUGUUGGUCCAAACAGGAUGCUUAUAGACAGUGCCCCCACUCACACAAAGACCGACGAUACUCCAGCGUCAAGGUAGGCAUUUCUCGUUCCUAUACCUCCAGUCUCGGGCGCCAGCAAUGUCGUGGCGCGUGGCUGUUCUAUUGGCCCCUCUCUGCGCGUCUGCCGUGUCUCUCAGAGCGCGUAAUGGCACAACCACGAAUACCACAAUUGCAUUGAGCAGCUCUUCAAGCUCCAGCAUUUCAACAACCACAACUGCACAUCUCGCCGACUUUAUUCUACAGGGCCUUGGUCAGACUAGUGGAGAGGAUGACGAUGGAGCGAAGACGGCGGAAUCUACCUCGAGCAGCACAGCAUCGUCUUCAGGCGCAAAUUCGAAUACAGACAGCUCCAGCAUCACUCCAGCAACGAUAACAGGAGCGAGCGCGACAGGGUCCCCAGACCGUCAAGCAUCAACGACAUCAACUACAUCAACAUCGCCAUCGUCAUCACCCUUUCCUACUCUCUCUAUUGCCAGGCAGAAUGGUACAAACUCACAUGGAAACGUUACAGCUUUUUCCAGUAUCACGACCGCCUCAACGCAAGAUUUCGCUGCCGCAAGCAGUUGUCAAACAGACCUAUUCUCCUGGCUGAAUGCUUCUCGCGCGUACAUAAGUCAGCAUGCAGCACAAACGAGCUACCACACCGAGUACUCUGAGACCGUUUGGACAUUGAAAUGGCCCACUUCUUUGGCCAGUAUCGGCGGCGGUGUAGCUGCUGCCAGUGUAACGACACUGUGUGACGGCAAUCCUAGGGUUGUUGGUUCAGGGCAAUAUCUAACGUGGAGCACCGUAACACGAGAGGUCUACACCGUGACAGAAACGCAUGUCUCUGGUCCUUAUCCGACGCCUGCUCCUUGCACUAUUGGCGCAGAGGAGUGUACACAAUUACAUGACUGGUACGAGACGGCAAAGCUGAAAGUCCUAUACGCCAACCAGACUUUGUACGAGCCGCCGUGCGCUACAUCCGGAACCGCCAUUCCCUCGGGGAAGAAAUCUUGUCAGCCACCAGUGGUGGAGGGUUGGGGAAACUUCACGAACGAGGUCAUGGCCGAACACGCGCAAUUACUGUACUGGCCUGUUCAGGUCAAAGAUCCCACCGACGACAGCCUACUCUGCUACAAGCCGAAUGAGGCCGGUGUCAUGCGAACAGCCGAGACAAUUCCCGGAACACGUACAGGAGACGGGCCGAACACGAUGAUUACAGAUGGUGUCACUAUCACAUCUCCUAUGAUCGCUAUGGUGUACACGAAUGUAGGCCGUGCAGAUGGGUGUGGACCGCAUAUCGCGAAAACAAUUCGCACUAUGCAGCCGGAGCACCUAUCAAGCAUUCGUCGCGCUCCUGACGGAGGAGCGCCUCGAUAUCCCUUCGACUAUAGCCAUCUGAACUGGUUGUGCGAUUCCGGAAAUGGAACUUACACGACGCAAUAUAUCCAGGAGGGCGAGCACUGCUACCAGAAUGUCCCAGCCGCGGCAUACUUCAAUGGUCCGCAAAAGUGGUUGCAGUACUUCACGAACACGGCUGCGGUGCGGGGAACAGAGGUCCAAAGCUGGACAAUUCUGAACGACUACGAGCCGUACAUUAUUGAGGAAGAAAGGUUCACCAAGGAGUUGCACGAGCUUUACGGUACUGAUGCGGGCUGGCUGCAAUUCGGCAUCUGGGACCCUCCUGUGGCACUCAUCCAACACACUGCAGCGGCGAAACCCACUCUUCCCGUUGGCUGGCCAGCGACUCCUACUGCAACGACUACUCAGAAGUAUGACCCGGUUUCGACGCCUGCGACUCCUGCGCAUCCAGUUGGAUCACAGCUCAGCGAGACCCCAAGCGCGGUGCCGGAUGUCAUCUCGCGGCCAAGCACUGGCGAUGAUGAUGACGAUAGCCGACCAGCACCUCCGCAACAGAAUGAAGGCAGCUCAUCAGCGCAACCGCAGCAAGGUGAGAAUCGCCCUGCAGGCAGCCCCAAUCGACCAUCGAAUGGCUCGAACAACUCUGGACCUGAGGACAAAGGCAAUUCGAAUGAUGAGGUGCCACGACCAUCACAUGCCCCAAUUUUCGGAAAUACGAAUGGCAAUCAGAAUUUUGGGCAACACGAGCAACAACCUCCAGCCCCAAUACUCGCGAUCGGCUCGAUCACCCUCACUCAGCAACCUGCAAAUCCUGUUGCUACCGGCGUUGUAUUCCAAGAUGCGAAGACAACGAUCACCAUUCAAGUACCAGCUUCAGGAGAAUCAGCCAAAGCCGUCACAAUCGAUUCGUGGACGCUGACACCCAGCACCGCACCCGGAGGAGAACACGUCUUCCAGAAUGCUGAAACAGCUUUCACAGUGCACGCAGCACCUCAAGCAAACCCCACACCAGAUGACAAUGCGCGCCCAGGGCAACCGGUCGCGAAUGCCCCAGCUCAGGCGCCCCCAGCGCAGACGCCUGCAGCCGUAAUGCAUGAGGCCAAUGAUAUUUUGACAUUGAAUUCCAUGACGCUUACAGCAAGUCCCGCUGCCGAUCAUGAGGUGCUCUUUAACGCGGUGACGACGAUCACGAUUCAUAUGGGAGAGGCAGCGACAGUGGAGUUCCAUGAGAUUAGCGCAGUGAUGAGUGAUGGUCUACCUCGACUUGCCGUCUCUUCGGUGAUGCAGAAGCAGAGCGAAACGAGGGUAGACGGAGUCGCAGCUGCUACUGCCGCGAGCAGCAGCUCUACAGUAUCGCAGGCCAGCGCAGCAACCAGUGAGGCACCAAGCGAGACCAGCACAGUCGGGAUACCCACUGGCGGCUCAGAACGUGCCAUCCCUUCUUUAACAAUCUGCAUCAUCUCCAUAGCCUUUGCAUGUCUUUUACUAUGAUAUCCCCAUAGCGUAUCUCAAAAAUCCAAACAACACCUUCAACCUCCAC